AUGGCCUACCCGCAAUACACCGGGGCUCCCGGACGGACUCUAUCCAAUUCCGACACAUCAGCAUUGUCAUUCCAGACCAUCUUCAGCGCGAUCACCCCUCCGCCGCUCCCGCCCCCGCCUCCUAGCCCGCCUCCCAAGGUCGAGCCGAAGCAGGCAUUGCACACGUUCCUUUGCACGGUUUGCUGGACGGAACAGAAAUCGCAACCGCAUACUUUUGGGCUCGAAGGCCGCAUUGUCUGCGAGGAUUGCUGGAACUGGAUAUAUAGCGUCAGCAUCUGCUGGCGGUGUGGAGAGGUCGUCUUUCGCAAAACAGAUGCCUCUCCCUUGCAGCCACCACCCUACUUCACCCACGAUGGGGAGCCACACAAACAAGGCAUGUUUGCUGAGGAACCGCCAGUGUGUCCCCGUUGCGCCAAUGAGCCUGGAUCAGUGGCAAAGCUUGAGCAACACGUCAGAACACCCAGCAGGACGUCGGGAGGCGCAAGAACUCCUAGGGGACUAUUGGACGGAACUUCCGAGAGAGUGUCAAUGACAAACCCUUUGAAUCCAGACGCCAACAAGAUUGGGAGGUCAGGAAAGGGGCAGAGAAUGCCUCCUGCAUGGAUGAGCUUGCUGCCUUCCAACCGAUCUUCCAUGUCAAGUCCGCCGGAGAGGCCGUGCCCUCCGACCGAGAUGGUCCCUUCAGCCAGGCAAGGCAAACCACCUACCACGCCCUGUAUUACGCCACCACAGUCACCCAAAGCCCGACUCAAAGACCCUUUGCAAAGAACUCCACCGUCAGUAUCUCUCAACGACAUGGCAAUUCGUACGCCACAGUCCUCGCCAGGUUCAACCAUGAGGCACCAAAUGCACACAAUUGAGGACACUUCCGUACCCUCGGCAGACCAUGAAGGGCUUGACAUUCCAGCCUCGAGACAGUCCAGCGUCUCCCAGUCUCAGAAGUCGUUGACCCGGGCGUCCAGUGGCUCGAAAGCAUCCCAACCAGGCGCUAUCAACCGGGUACGGAGGAGCUUCUCGAUUUCCAGAGGGAUCAACAAUCUAAGAAGGUCUUCGACCACCAAAGCUGUCGCAGCUUCUUCGGACUCACGCGAUACUCCAGAUUCGCGCACAUCAACGCCUGCGCACGACAGUGCGCGUGACCCUUCGCCUGCGAAGUCUGCCUUUCUCAAAGAGCUCUCGGAUUUCUUCAUUCCACGUGCAAGGAAGGGAAAAAUGAUACUGCCGAGCCGGGUUGGCAGCGGGCACGGUAGCGCCAAGAUCCAUGAAGGUGCACCAAGCACGCCUGGUAGAGGUGAAUUAGAGACAUCUUGCGGGAGGUGUGGAGUGGACACGUCAGAUUGGUGGGUAGGGAGGGAGGCCAUUGUCCACAGCCAUGAUGACCAUGGCGGGCAUGGCUAUCGGAUUUGCGAGUCCUGUAAAGCCGCCGAAACAUUGCCUGGGACGAUGCCCGGUGGUUGGGACUAG